CCCCCGUCCACCCUCGCCGCCAUUUUGCGAGCACGUGUCCGUGUCUCCGCCCGCGGCGCCUCCUCCAGUCCCGCCGCGAUGUCGCCGCAGGUGCUGGGUCGGGCGUUGGUGACGGCCAAGUGGCUGUCAGAAGCCGUACGAGCCGGGCGGGUGGGACCGAGCCUGCGGAUUCUGGACGCGUCGUGGUACCCGCCACAGGAGCGGAAUGCCCGGCAGGAGUUCAGGGAGAGCCACAUCCCCGGGGCGUCCUUCUUCGAUAUCGAGGAGUGUCGGGACAAGGCCUCCCCCUACGACUUCAUGCUGCCCAGUGAAACCCACUUCGCCGACUACGUGGGAAGCCUCGGCGUGGGGAAUGACACCCACGUGGUGGUGUACGAUGGGGACAAGUUGGGUUCCUUCUAUGCCCCCCGUGCCUGGUGGAUGUUCCGGGUGUUUGGGCACAAGGAGGUCUCUGUGCUGAAUGGUGGCUUCAAGAACUGGGUGAAGGAAGGGCACCCCGUCACGGCCGAGGUCAGCCAGCCCACUCCAGCCACUUUUAAGGCCAAGCUGAACCCGAUCCUGGUUAAGACCUUCGAGGAAAUGAUGCAAAAUGUGGGUUCCCUGCGGUUCCAGGUGGUGGAUUCCCGCCCUGAGGGACGGUUCCGGGGAACGGAGCUGGACCAAGGGCUGGAAUCUGGUCACAUCCCUGGUUCUGUGAACAUACCCUUCAGCUCACUCCUAACAGAAGCUGGCCAUGAGAAGAGUAUUGAGGAGAUCCAAGAAAUAUUCCGUGAGAAGAAAGUGGAUCUCUCAAAGCCACUGACAGCCACAUGCCGCAAAGGUGUUACAGCAUGUCACAUCGCCUUGGCGGCCUACCUGUGUGGCAAGCGUGAUGUGGCUGUUUAUGAUGGUUCCUGGUCAGAGUGGUUCCACCGUGCCCCAGCUCGCUACAAGGUCUCUGAGAUGAAGCGAAACAAGGCCUAGAGGGAGAGCUGUUUCUCGGGCAGUGAUAUCUAGCAGCUGUUUCCAACCCAGGGUACAGGGAAAAGGAGGAGGUGAAAGUAAAGAAAAAUCAUGCUGAUUAAUAAUUUGUGAAUUUUUCUAAGAAUGACCAAUAGAUUUCUAUCAAUUUUUCGGUUUCUCACAAUGAAUAAAAUGUACUUCUAAGAUGA